UUUCAUCAUCAUCCGGGUUACCUUCUGGUCACAGAGGAUCCAAGAUGGCGACUCACAUGUCGAGGUGUAGAGGCUGGAGUCGUGUUCAAAGGUUUGGGAUCGCAGCUUACAGAAAGUACAGCAGUGGCAGCCGAUACCCAAACAUCUCGCUCUCUGCACCGCUGCCCGGGAUCCCGAAGCCUGUGUUUGCAUCUGUGGAUGGUCAGGAGACGUACGAGACCAGGAUCACAGUGCUAGAGAAUGGCCUUAAAGUCGCUUCCCAAAACAAGUUUGGUCAAUUCUGCACAGUUGGGAUUUUAGUAAAUUCUGGAUCCAGACAUGAAGCAAAGUACCCGAGUGGGAUAGCACACUUUGUAGAAAAACUCGCCUUUUCUUCCACAGCUCAGUAUGGAAGUAAAGAUGAAAUUCUUCUCACAUUGGAAAAACACGGAGGAAUAUGCGACUGCCAAACAUCAAGGGAUACCACCAUAUAUGCAGUGUCUGCUGAAGUGAAGGGUUUGGACACAGUGGUCAGUCUCCUCUCUGACGCUGUGCUGCAGCCUCGCUUGCUGGAUGAGGAGAUCGAGAUGACCAGAAUGGCGGUACGCUUUGAGUUAGAAGAUCUGAACAUGAGGCCGGACCCUGAACCCUUACUCACUGAGAUGAUCCACGCUGCCGCAUAUCGAGGCAACACAGUCGGGCUGCCUCGCUUCUGUCCUGCAGACACCGUGGACACGAUUGACAAGAAGGUGCUUCACAGUUACCUGAGUAACUACUACUGCCCCGAGCGCAUGGUGCUGGCUGGAGUCGGCAUUGAGCACGAGCAGCUUGUGGAAUGUGCCCGGAAAUACCUGCUGGACGCCAAGCCGGUGUGGGGGGCGAGUGCAGGGGCUAACGUGGAUCUCUCUGUAGCGCAGUACACUGGGGGCAUCGUCAAGAUGGAGAAGGACAUGUCGGAUGUGAGCCUUGGACCCACCCCGAUCCCAGAGCUGACCCACAUCAUGAUCGGCCUGGAGAGCUGCUCCUUCCUGGAGGACGACUUCAUCCCCUUCGCAGUGCUCAACAUGAUGAUGGGUGGAGGUGGCUCCUUUUCAGCUGGAGGACCUGGGAAAGGCAUGUUCACCCGCCUUUACCUGAACGUGCUCAACAGACAUCAUUGGAUGUAUAAUGCCACCGCCUACCACCACAGCUAUGAGGACAGCGGUCUGCUGUGUAUCCACGCCAGUGCAGACCCCCGACAGGUGCGGGAAAUGGUGGAGAUAAUAACCAGAGAGUUCAUUCAGAUGGCUGGCAGCGCAGGAGAGAUGGAGUUGGAGAGGGCUAAGACUCAGCUCAAGUCCAUGCUGAUGAUGAACCUCGAGUCGCGGCCGGUUAUUUUUGAAGAUGUUGGUCGCCAGGUUCUCUCCACAGGGAAGAGAAAGCUGCCACAUGAGCUCUGUGAUCUGAUAAGCAACGUGACAGCCAGUGACAUUAAGAGAGUAACCACCAAGAUGCUGCGCAGUAAGCCGGCUGUCGCAGCGCUGGGAGACCUGACGGAGCUCCCCUCAUACGAACACAUCCAGGCCGCCCUGUCCAGCAAAGACGGACGUCUGCCCCGCAUGUACCGCCUCUUCCGAUAGGUCCUCGUCGAGCCGGCGGCCACUGGCAGACAUCUCUGUAAAUAAACUGGACUGGAAGAUUACAGUAGUGUUCCCUCCCACCACAGAACUGACACAGCUCCCUACAGGAGGGGACUAAUACCCAGGUUCUUCACCGAAACCUCUGAGAGAGGUGAUUUUAAAGAAAAGUGACAUAUUACUCUAAGGUUACCGUAAUCUACAUACAGUGCGAGUAUCUGUAUUUAUUGUUUGUGAGCAGGAAAGCCAUAUUUACUGGGGUAUUCCAUUUCAAAAUCCACAUACCAAAACGCUACACUAAAACAACAUAUUGUCAACAGAAGCAUCCCAGCAGUGUCUAAACAGAUAUUUUAUCUAGCUAUGGUUUUUCUCAGCUUGCAAACCCCUCAACUCUCUAAAAUUGAGCGUAUUGAUAAGAAAACUGUUGAAAAUCUUUCGAUUUGUACAAAAGAGCUUCGAGGUCUCCCUUACCAGGCACGCAGAAAUGGUAAACAGAUUAAUAAAGGCAUACUUUGAAAUGUUUGUUUAAAUGUGACACACCUGACAACUAUAGGCAAUUCUCAGAUGUGCUGUAAACAGAUUUAAA